AUGGGCGAUCAUAAUCUGCCGGAUUUUCAGACAUGUUUGAAGUUUUCUGUUACAGCUAAAAAGAGCUUUCUAUGUAUGUAUAGAGACAGCGUCUCAAAGGAAAAAUUAGCCUCUUCGAUGCCAAGUACUUGUGAUAUACAACUGAAGAGGGCAAUCAAUGACGCUUAUCCGGGCGGAGGAAUAAAGGUCACGGUUCUGAACUCAACAACUGCAAGCUUGGACUCGUUAGCAACUACACAUGUUAAGGAAUUUGAGAUUGUUAUCAUUCCAGACAUAAAUUCUCUUUUACAGCCAGACCAAGCGAAAUUAGUAAAAAUUAUGAGAGAUUGCACAGUGGCGAUUGAGAAGGCACAGUCAACACGUAUAUUUAUAGGAGUGGUUCAUUGGAAUAAUCCCGUGCAGCCUUCAGGCGCCGCUAAGGAUGGGGAUGAAGCAGGUAAACCAGCUCCCAAAACUCGCAUCUUCCUGCCCACGUCUUUCCGUAUGGGCGCUUGGCUCAAACACAAAUUCUGGUUUGCAUGUGCACCCCCAUAUUUGGAUUUUGAAAGUUCAACUGAGUCUAGCAUUAAUACAAGAGCCAAUAAUAGCAUUGGUAUGGCUGAGGAAGAGAAGCAGGAGCCAGAGAGCAAGAGGUCGAUCAUAUUAAAUGAAGAGGCAAAUCUGAACGAUGUAUUUGUGGGGUCCACUGUAAGACGGUAUAUUCUCGAUAUCAUGGUCCAUUUGCGAACGCAUAGAUUGACGUAUAACGCCAAAGCCGGCGGGGUAUAUACAAAUUCAUUGGACGACGUGGUGUUAUUGUCUAGAUUAAUUGGUCUACAUAGCGGCAAGAUGUUUGUGUCACCUUCACAUGUCAAAGAGGCGUCCAGGUGGUACUUCCCCAUGCACUUGGAAUUGGUUCAGCGUUCCUCCAUGGAUAGUUCCUUAUUGUACGGUAGCGACCCCAACUUGGUGGACGAAAUGCUAGAGAAACUUGCGAAGAUUAAGUGUGAGGAGGUUAAUGAGUUUGAGAAUCCCCUUUUCCUGGAAUCUCUCGUAGUGAAAAACGUACUAAGUAAAGUCGUGCCGCCCGUGUAA